CGCGAGGAAGAGUGCGGGUUCUGCCAGGGUAACGACUCGAGGAACAAGGGUGGUCAGGCCGAGCGAAUGGUCAGUUGUGCGGAAUGCGGACGCAGCACGCAUCCGAGCUGCCUCAAUCUAGCAGAUAUCGGCGACGUGAUGCGCUCGUACCCUUGGUUGUGUCACAAUUGUAAGAGGUGUGAAGUUUGUCAGAAGAAGGAACGAGAGAACAAGAUGAUUCUGUGUGAGCGAUGCGACCGAGGCUGGCAUAUGGACUGUCUCCAACCACCACUGGAGGAAGCUCCGCCGGGAACGUGGUACUGUCCGUUAUGCGAGGAUGCCCUCGCUCAGGAUGCUCAGUCCGCUUCCCAAUCCGAUAUACACCACCCCACCAAGGUGCCUCCUUCCGAAGUCGACGCAGACGGAGAGGCGACCCCUGCCGCAUUGAGACAGAAGAACAAGAAGAAACAGCGUCCGAAAGGGAAGACACCCAUGCGCGACGAACCUGACGCUGAUGAUGCGACACCGUCAACUCGCGCUCACAAACGUCCGCGCGUCCGAGUGGCCUCUCCCGCGCCGCCAUCCUCACCGACGCAGAGGUCUGGGACCGGCCUGCGGAUCCGCCUCCCCUUCCGCGAUAAGGGCAAGGCGCGCGAGGAUGACCCGGGUGACGCGCCCAAGGGCAUGUUCGACGACAUCCUCAGCCCGGAGGACCGCGACAUGGCCGAGACGUCCAUACUCCCAGUGGACAAGCAGCGGUUCGAGAAAAGCCGCGUCGCAGCAGAAGAACGACUGUACCCCAAGCCGCCCCCAGCUCAGUUGGAAGCUCCAGAGACCCCCGGUGCUGGCCCAUCCUCGCGCCCUUUGCGCUCAUCGCGUCAAGCCACGCUCCCAGCCCCUCUUUCAGAACGAUCGGAGUCUCCUGCGUGUUCGACGCCAGGGCCGCAAGUACAGAAGUCCCCGGAUGGCUUGCGGAUACGCAAGAUACGGUUCGGUGACCACGACAUCGACACUUGGUUCGAUGCUCCGUUUCCCGAGGAGUAUGCAAACAUUCCAGACGGUAGAUUGUGGUAUUGUGAGUUCUGCCUGAAGUACAUGAAGAGCAAAUUCCUCGCGAACCGACAUUUGAUGAAGUGCAAGAUGCGGUUCCCGCCAGGGGACGAGAUCUACCGCGACGGUCCGAUCUCUAUAUUCGAAGUCGACGGACGCAAGAACAAGAUCUAUUGUCAAAAUCUAUGUUUGCUGUCGAAGAUGUUCUUGGACCACAAGUCCUUGUUCUACGACGUGGAGCCGUUCUUAUUCUAUGUAAUCGCAGAGUUCGACGACGUCGGUGCACGCUUCGUAGGGUAUUUUAGCAAGGAGAAACGUAGUCCGAAGGAUUAUAACGUCAGCUGUAUCAUGACGCUCCCAGUUCGGCAGCGGCGAGGAUGGGGUCAACUGCUGAUCGACUUCAGUUAUCUAUUGUCGCGAAAGGAGCAACGACCAGGGUCUCCGGAAAAGCCCUUGUCGCCGUUGGGAGCGAUCAGCUACAGGAAGUACUGGACAUUUGCUCUACAUAGGUACUUCCGCACAGCGCCGCCCAAUCCUCGCCUCGAAGACAUCAGUGCCGCCACUGCGGUGACGAUCGAAGACAUCUGCAACACUCUUGUCCAGCUUGGGAUGAUCAAGAUCGACGAUCCGGCGAACCGACCUAAGCCGAUGCCGGGGCAGGCCAUCAAGUUCCCAAAGGGCAGGAAGAACGGUAUCGCGCGGAAGCACCUACAGCGGCGGGAGACGCACGACGAAGAGAAAGUCAAGGGGCCGUUUGUUGCCCCGACCAAGUACGAGAUCCACUGGGAUUCGGAGGAGGUAGAGCGGUACCUAGCGAACAUGGAGGCGAAGAACUACGUGACGCUCAAGCCCGAGAAGCUGAAGUGGAGCCCUUUCAUCGUGUCGAGGACGCGCAAGUCAGAGCAGCUGCCCUCUGCGAACUCGGAGACCGCGCGUGCCGUGGGUGCGCAGGCCAUGGCUGCAUCCGACGCUGUACCUGCAGUCGUCGAGACCGCGACGCCGACGACGCCGAGGCCUGUAGGGGACCUGCGAGACUCGAGCAUUAUGCCUUCCGAAUCGCCGUUUGAUCUGUUCGACGACGACGAUGUUGUAAUGGCAACUAGCCCCACCCGCGAGGUCUCAAGGGUACGACCAGACACGAAUGGCGGUCCCAGUGCGAUUGUGGCUGUGAAUUCGGUUCCCAGUGACAUGUCGCCGGACUCUACAUCGAAUCCUGCCCCGGUAUCAGCAUCGGAUCCACAACCAGGGGAGACCCAGACCGACGAGCAAUCGCAGCUCGAGCUGGACGAGGCUCUCGCACGGCAACUGACGCGGGACCUGCAGUUUUCUGACCGGUCCCUGCGCAGGCGCGGACAGGUCGACCCCAAACCCGCGGAGGACAUGCGCGCGCGGGUCCCGGACGACUCGCCCUCCGCACGCAAAUCGCGCCCGGUGGCCAAUCGCCGGCCGGCCCUCCGUGCGACGACAAGCGUGUCACCCGUGAAGACUGGGACCGGUGGGCGACGCAUCUCCCAGGACGAGCAUGACGAGUCCGGGAAGCGGCCCCUGCGCUCCCGCGCCAUAACGGACCCAGAUGUGAGGGCGGCGUCAUCUGCGAGGUCCGCGUCGCCGCGUAAGCGUAGACGCAUCGACUCGCCCGCGCCGCAGGAGGUGGAGGAGGUCAGGAUGCCGGCGCCGUCCACCCGUAGGAACUCUCGCCGUGGCGUGACCGAGGACCCUGCGCCGCCUCCUGCUCUACCGCGCAGUCAGCGCAAGCCCACCAGGAGGAACACGGAUGGGGUCGUGAGGGUGGCAUCGAUGUCCCCCGUCCAGACACGCCGCUCGCCGCGGAAGCUCACGAGCGACACCCGGUCGCUUGAUGGGCCUCGGGAGCCUGAAGAGCCUGAGGAGGAUGAGGGCGAGCCUGAUGUCGAAAUGCAAGAUGACAGUGCGAACAGUCCACUCACAGGAGUGACGAGCCGGCACAGCGUGCCGAGCGAGGACACCGUCGUGGUCACGCCGAGUGCUGGUGGCAUGAACAAAGCAUCCCCCGUCGGUGGCGCAGUCGCCAUGCCCCCAGUCCUGCCCGCCGUCGACGAGCGGCACGCGUCGCAGUUUGACGGGGCGGACCGGAUGGAGGUCGACGAGGACGAGGACGAGGACGAGAAGGACGACAACUACACCGGAAACUUCGAUGAUCAGGACGCGGAGUGGGAGCCGGACAACGGCGGGGAGCCCGACCUUGGCGAGGGCUGAUCCUUUCAUAUACGUUCUUCAACUUAUUUUCUUCGUGGUCUGUAUUGCGCGCGACCUAUGUCAUGUUAGACGGUGUACGAUGUAUUUUACCUGUGGACAUGGUGCUCUCUGUAGUUUAUUGUCGACUUGU